AACUAAAGUAUUAGUGAACAUUCAGAUAGCUCAGUGUCGGGGGGGGGGGGGGGGGGGGGGGGGGGGGGGGGGGGGGUCUUACAGGGAUUUUUUGUAAAUUUUUUUUUCAUUUUGAAAGGACAUUUUGAUACAGGGCAAUAGAGAGUUAAAUGCUGAUUUUUACUACAUAACAUUUAUAUCACAUAGUAGAAUUCUUAGAGGAAUUUUGAACUGUACUCAGGUGGAUUUCCUAUAGAAAAGGCUCAUUUUUUUGUAUUUUGCCAUGACUGCCCUGGGGCCAUUCUUGGAGAUCCCACGCUAAUUUUUUUACAGGAUUGUAGCCCAAAUAGAGUACUUCAAAGUUCUAAUAGCCAGUGCCACAGACAAUUCAUUUCUUGAGAGAAAGCCUAUCCUGAAAGUGCCCACGUUUAUCAAAAUUUUGUUUUCCACGGGGCUGCCCUGAACAAAUGGAACAGUAUGAAUAGCUGAAAUUUUCAGAAGAAAUAUAUCUCUCAGUAUAUUAUCAGCAAUAAAAAUUUCAGACCUAUAGGUCAUUCCUAUCAAAAGUUACGAAGCGCAAACUUUCCGAAAAAGAACCUUUUUUCAUAUAUUGAGUACUUCAUAAAAUCCCAAUGGCUCAAUAUUUUAAAACGAAAAUUUUAUGGUAAAUAGAAUUCACUGAGGUGUAUGGAAAUAAAAAAUCUUCGCUCAUUUGCUUGAGCCAUUUGUGAGAUAUCGCUGCAUUAGGACCCCCAUUUAAAUAUAGGGUCAUUUUUUGGCCUUUUCGUAAAAUACUCAUAAAAAACUGAGGGAUCAAUAUUUUUUGAAUCGGCUUUCGUCAAAAUUCACAAACCUCUUCCUUCUACAACAUAUCUUAAAUUGAGCAAAAUCUGACGAUAUCGAUUGAGCAACUUCGGUCGUGGCUUACAUGGACUGGCUCUUACAUCGCCAAUGCAUUUCGUGUCAUUUAUUUAGAUUAUACGGACGUGGAUGUGCGUAGUUGGGGUGUGGGUGUUUUUUUUUCAUCACACCACACUCCCAUCCACAUCCUACACGAACGAAAAGGUCGGCAACAAUAAUAAAAACACAUUUCUUUCUUUUUUUCUUCUGUUCCUUCGUUGUUAAUAUACUUUUUAUAGAUCUGCUUCACUCUUUAUAUUUACACUUUCAGAAAAAAACAAGCAAAGCCUCUAUGUUUGUAAGCAUAAUAUGAAUGCACUUGAAUGAAAGAUAAACACAAGAAAAAAACCAAAUAUAUACGUACUUUUCCUAGACCAGAUAAUCCUCAUAUUGCACGAAUUGAAAUUGUAAUCAAUCAAAUAAACAAUCAGAUAAAAGAUCUUGAAGAAAUAUUUCAAAAUGUUUCAACAAAUUUUUCUAGUGCAACACUUGAUCAACGUUUUAAAACUUUUCAACAACAAUAUCGUUCACUAUUGGAUUCACAGGAUAAUUUUCAAGAACAUGUUAGACAAGCACUUGCAGAUAUUCGUCGACAUCGUGUCGAAUCAAUAACAUUAGAUGAUAUUAAUAUUGGCAAUCAACGUUAUGAAUGUUUACGUAAAGCUGAAAUAGAUAAAUUUCUCACUCGUAUUCAAUCAUUGUUAAACAAAUCGAUAUUUAUCGAAAAAUUAAAGAACAAUCAUAUUGAAUAUAUCAAUGUGUCCGAUGUUCGUCCUAAUCAAGAAAUACCAAUGACGAUUGAUGAUAUGGAUGCCGUACUUAAACAUACUUAUUCCAAUGAGAAUGAUUCUGUAAUUCUUUGA